AUGGCCUGGGUGAAUGCCUUCGAGCGCCGGCCUUUGCGGCAGCUGUUGGAUCAGCACCGUGAGGCGAUCGAUGCCAUGCGGCAGGAGCUGGGUGACAGCCCUUUCGACGACACCUCCCUGCUGCGCUAUGCCUUAAGCUACGGCCAACGUCCACACGAAGCGGUGGAAGCAGCGCGCAAGGCCUUGGCUUGGCGCCAGGAGCACAGGGGCUUGGUGGAAGCCGCCCGUGAACGAAAAGCCCCUCCUGGCUUAAGCACUUCGGAGCUUUGCACCCUGCAGACUUUGCUUCUGACUGCCUUCCAUGGAACCACGGCUUUUGGAGAUCCGAUCUUCGUCAUUCGAGCUGGCGUUACCAAUCAGAGCGCCAUUCUGGACCUGGUGGGCGACGAAAAGCUGGAGUUAUGGGUGAACUACCUGAAUGAAUGUUCUUUUCAAUACUGCGAGGCGGCCACUCGACGCAUGUCCUACUUCGUGAAGCAGAUCUCGUUGCAGGACCUGGCAGGCGCCAGCAUGAUGCCCGACCGUCGCUUUUUCGGAAUCAUGGGCCGGGUCUCCAAAACCAAUGAAUGGCUUCGGCCCCAGCUUCUGGGCCGCGUCGUGAUCUUCAACGCUCCAAGCUGGGCGAAGCUCGCCUUUCGGAUCGCCUCCAACUUCAUUAGCCAGAAGACGCUCUCCAAAGUGUGGAUCCAUCGCCAGACGCCCAGUGGUGCUUUGUGCCCUUAUGGAGCGCGCCUGCUGAGGGUGGAGUCUCUUCCAACGAAUCUGGGCGGGCUUUGCACUUGCGAUGGGCGAGGGUGUGUGGGCGGUCGGCCCAACGCAUCGCUGGAGAAGCCCAUGCCAGAGGAGAUUCCGAGCUCCCUUUCGGAGCUCGUGGCCCUGCGACGGCUUCCCUGUGGUGACGACCUUCCUUUGGGAACCGCCGGAACCGGCCAUACGGCGCCGCAAGCGGUUGAGGCUCAGCCGUGCGAGCCAACGGCAGAGCCAUGGUGCCGAAGGUGUUGUAAGAGGCGAAGGCCCUCGGGGCCCUUGGCAGCAAGUGCAGAUCACGUGUGA